AUGGAUGCAGAUAGUGAUGUUGCAGUGGACAUUUUAAUUACAAACGUAGUCUGUGUUUUUAGAAUAAGAUGUCAUUUGAACUUAAGGAAGAUUGCUUUGGAGGGAGCGAAUGUUAUUUAUAAGCGUGAUGUUGGAAAAGUAUUAAUGAAGCUUAGAAAACCUAGAAUUACAGCUACGAUUUGGUCCUCAGGAAAAAUUAUUUGCACUGGAGCAACAAGUGAAGAAGCUAAAUUUGGUGCCAGACGUUUAGCCCGUAGUUUGCAGAAGCUAGGUUUUCAGGUAAUAUUUACAGAUUUUAAGGUUGUUAACGUUUUGGCAGUUUGUAAUAUGCCCUUUGAAAUCCGUUUGCCAGAAUUCACGAAGAACAAUAGACCUCAUGCCAGUUAUGAACCUGAACUUCAUCCUGCUGUGUGCUAUCGGAUAAAAUCCCUAAGAGCUACAUUACAGAUUUUUUCAACAGGAAGUAUCACAGUGACAGGGCCCAAUGUAAAGGCGGUGGCUACUGCUAUGGAACAGAUUUACCCAUUUGUGUUUGAAAGCAGGAAAGAAAUUUUAUAA